AAUCAGAAAAAAAUCGAUCCAAGGACAACACAUCGAAGGAUAUCAUCCCUGAGCCCAUGAUGGAAUUGGAUUCAUCGAUCGAGAUCAUUCCCAGCACUCCAUCAGUCAUCAAUUUAAUCCUGGAACGCGAGGGUGAAGAUGCUCAGCAUGGAUCAUUGAAUUUCGCGACCUCAACCCCGAAAAAACCGCGAAAAACUAUCGAGGAAAUCGAGGCCGUUCUAGUCGCGUUGGGCGCGAAUCUAGAACAAAGGAAUCGCGAGGAUGAUUACGAAGUGCGAUGCACUCCAACGCAGCGUCAAAAAGAGCUUGAUCAAAUUGCGAUGCAAUUGGAUCAAAGCAGUGAUGAUGAUGACGAAGGAUUGGCCAUCCAGAGUCUUGAUUUCACCCCGUUAUCACCCAGUAACCGUUCGGGCUAA